UAUAAUUAAAAUUAUUGUCGGAGAACAAAAACUUGACAAAAUCAAACUUUCUAUAAUAGACACAAGAUAUUGCAACGAUAUAAUAAUGCGACGGCGUGAGUCGACACGAGACGAGUGAGUUCAGAGAUGAGAAUGUGGCUCAUCUAUGCAAAUGAAGCUGUCAUGUACGAUUUGAAUGUGAAUUCUUCUAAUACAAACGGGAAUAAAAAAUUAUUAAAUUCUAUCCAACUAUGUUAAAUUAAAAACCGGACGAGAUUAAAAAUAAUCCAGAUGUUUUACAAAUCAUCGUUUCAACCAGCGAAAGUAGUCUUUCCUUUACCCACAAUGCAAAGCGAAGCAGCCACGUAAACGCCAAGGAUCGUCGCCGCUAGCUUGUGGCUCGCUAACUGCGUCCUGCUCACGGAGCAGCAUAUCGCGGGUGUCUGCAUGACGCUGCACACGUCUGCCAGGCCUUCUGCGAGACUGUCAGAGCUGUAAGAUGUCGAUGGUGGUGUUUGCGUCUGUGGUCCGGGUCGGCGACGGCCUGCCGCUCUCCGCGUCCACGGACUACGAGCAGGACAAAGAGCUCCAGGAGACCAAGAGGCACCUGAAAGGUCUCUCCAAAAAACUCAGCCAGUUCCCCGACCGCUGCACCCUAAAGACGGGGCCGUACAAUGUCAACUUCACAAGCUCACUGGGUGUCGGAUACCUGAUGGUCUGCACCGCCAACUACCCCAACGUGCUCGCCUUCUGCUUCCUGGACGAGCUGCAGAAGGAGUUCAUUGUCACCUACGAGCCCAAGCGGAUCAGUACCGUCGUGCGGCCGUACUCCUUCAUCGAAUUUGACACCUUCAUCCAGAAGACCAAGCAGCGCUACAACAGCCCCCGUUCGCUGUCCACCAAGAUCAACCUGUCUGACAUGCAGACGGAGAUCAGGCUGCGACCGCCCUACCAGCUCUCCCCCGAGGACUUGCAGGCCGUCAACGGAUUCUCCGUGCACAGGCCCUCCAAGUACAAGGGCAUAGCCCCCACACAGAUGCUGGAGCCAGUGACUCUCCCGGGCAUCGUGUCCUGUGUGCUCAGUGUCCUCUGUGGAGGCCUGAACCUGCUGCGAGGCGUCCACGCUAUCGAGAGCAUACUACAGAACGACGAUGAAGACUUUAAUUAUGUGAUUGCCUUCUUCCUCGGCACAGCGGCCUGUCUGUAUCAGUGCUUCCUGUUCGCCUACUUCUCUGUCUGGAGGAACAGUAAGUCCUUCCUGGCGUUCGCGCUCAUCUGCCUGUCCAACAUGUAUCUGUACGAGCUGAGGAACAUGUGGCAGAUCCUCUUCCACGUGGCCGUGGCCGCCUUCAUGACCCUGCAGAUCAAACUGAGGCAACCGCAGGGCAAAGCGCCGGACUAUAACGUCUGACGAACACAAAAACUAAAGGACAAACGGACCUUUCUGAUUCAGACGUCUCACAUAAGCCCUGGAGAUGCAGCAGAGGGCGGCGCUGGCCCUGUCUGAGCACCAGUGGACGGAUGUGAGGACUCUGCCGCAGCCUCGACUCAUCCGUGGAUCUUGUUGGAUUGAUUCGAGAAGUCGUCUGUUCCCCGAGACUUUUACUUUUGCUUUCUUCCAUUGCGGCUGCAGCUUAGGUCAGAGUCCUGCAAAGAGGAUGCUCAGUUUUGUCCUGCUCUGCUCUCACAGCACGUUCACAAUUUAAGUAUUGAACUCAACCUGUCGUGUGUAAACCGUACAUCCACUUAUCACCAAACUCAGCUUCAGACUCACUGUCUGAAGGGCUGUUCUAGUUCAAGUACCAACGCAGAAGAUACAGGUUUUUAAAUAUCUUACUUUGAGGAAUGUAAAACCUCCUUUUUCCUUCAAGAUAUUACGAGGACACAGCAAAAUAGUUAUUUCAAAUCAGACACUUCUCACUCCCACAGGUGAGAAGAAGUUGACCAGACGUUGGAGACGACAGAGUUCCAUUUAUGAGCUGUGGACACGUUUCUUUUUGGUCAGGUUUUGUUUUUUUGUUUAGUUUUUUUAUUUAUUUUUUACCAUCGUCCUGCUCGUGUCCAAAAAAAUUAAGCAAAAUUUCCCCGGCACUUUUUGCACACGUGCCCGUGGUCAUCAGACCUGGUGCAGGACUCUGGUUUAGGUCUCGCCUUCAAACUAUGCAAUGCUGCCUCAUGUUUUUAUAUAUCAUUUCAGUUUUUGGUGUAUUCUGAAUUCAGGAGCCAAUUAUCAUAUCUUAUUUUGCAGAGAAGAUUUUAGCUAUUUAUUUACGGAUUUGUGGGUUGGCAAGCGAUUUUUUUCCCAAAUUUGAUUGGUUGACUUGUUUAGUUUUCUUUUCUUUUUGCAUCUGCCUGUCACCGAGCCGCUCCUGCUCCUGCAGACACAAACAGCCUGUUAGCAUUCACUCCCCACGUCGUCGCCCACACAGCCUCCAGCGUGCGCCAGAGUCAAGUGACACUGUUAAUAAACAAGUCUGCGUUGGCAGCAGUGGAGAUACUGGCUGUGUAGUCGAGGCCAGAGGUGGGGGGAAUCAUCAGUGCAGCAGUGCUGCCCCCCCCCCCCCC